CACAUGUGUUCUUGACUAGAACCCAUUUCCCUGUUGUUGGAAUUUGCAUUAUAGUGUUCAUUUAGAGUCUCUCCUCAGUCUUAUCUCCUCCUACCCUGUAGUCAAGCAGUUGCUUUUCAUCGGUGUUUUUAUAGAUAGGGCUUUCUAAAGAAGAUAACAUUUCAGUUAGAACUUUAAGACAUGAGACAGACAAAGGAAAGUCACAUUUUAAUCCUCUUCUGGAUUUCAUUACUAUACUUUAAUCACUCUCCCACACUGUCUCCCUUCACUUGGCCCUGUAGGAAUUUCUCACAAUAGAGUUGCCCAAUAGAACUGUCUCAACUUAUUCCCUUAAUUAUUUCUUUUUUUUUUUAACCUGAGGAUCUGGCAGAUGUCAAGCACCAGACAUGAGAAACCACACAUCAGUGACAGAGUUCAUUCUCCUGGGACUGACUGAUGACCCAGAGUUACAGAUCUUGAUUUUUGUUUUUCUGUUUCUCACCUACAUAUUGAGUGUAACUGGCAACUUGACCAUCAUCACCCUAACCCUACUGGACUCUCACCUCAAGACUCCUAUGUAUUUCUUUCUCAGGAACUUCUCCUUCUUAGAAAUCUCUUUUACAACUGUUUGCAUUCCUAGAUUUCUGGUCAGUAUAAUAACUAAAGAAAAAGCAAUUUCUUAUAAUUCUUGCCUGGUCCAGGUGUUCUUUUUUAUCCUCUUUGGUGCAACAGAAUUUUUUCUGUUGGCAGCUAUGUCCUAUGAUCGCUAUGUGGCCAUCUGCAAACCCCUACACUACACAACCAUCAUGAGCAGCAAAGUCUGUAGUCAGUUUGUAAUCAGCUCUUGGUUGGCAGGUUUCCUUGUUAUCUUUCCACCAGUCAUCAUGGGCCUCCAGUUGGAUUUUUGUGACUCUAAUGUCAUUGAUCAUUUUACCUGUGAUACUUCCCCUAUGUUGUCACUCUCUUGCACUGACACCACAGUCUUAGAGAUCAUGAGUUUUUGGGUAGCUGUGUUCACACUCUUGGUCACUUUGGCAUUAGUUAUUUUGUCUUAUGCUUAUAUCCUCAGAACUAUUCUGAGAUUCCCCUCUGCCCAGCAAAGGAAAAAGGCUUUUUCCACUUGUUCUUCCCACAUGAUUGUUGUCUCCAUCUCUUAUGGAAGCUGCAUCUUCAUGUACGCCAAACCCUCACCAAAGGAAGGGGUGGCUAUGACAAAAGGGGUAGCAGUGCUUAAUACUUCUGUUGCCCCCAUGCUGAAUCCUUUCAUAUAUACCCUAAGAAACCAGCAAGUGAAACAAGCCUUUAAGGAUACAAUCAGAAAGAUUUUUUCCUCACCUAAAUAAAUUUUAAAAGAAAAGUCAUGUCUGAAAAAUAAGAGCAAAUACAGAUAAAAGUAAGCAGACCUCUUCACAGCAGUG